UGGCGGUGGCGGUGUUGGAGCGACCUGGUACAAGAAGUGUCUGUGUCCUCGGUAUUAACUGAGUGGUGCAUGUAGCGCAAGGAUUGCAGGGGUGAAACCACAUACUAUAGAGAUUUACUUGUUGCAUAACGUAUGAUCUGUGUUGAGAAUAUUAGCACCACUAAGCCUGCACCGCUGGGGACAUGAAGGCGCUGCCACCAUGGGAGCACCACUCGCGCCUCUGCUGCUUCCUGACAGGAAAAGUCUCCACUCCCCUGCAAAGAUGAGAAAUACAUCAUCUCUCUCACAGGUGGAAAGCCUCAUAUUCAAGAAAUGCUACAAAUGUUUUGGGGAGAAGAAAACUGAGAAAAAUGUUGGUGACAAGGAGUUGAUGCAAUACAAGAUGGAGGUGUCUGCAUUAGAACCCACUGCCACCGGUGCUAAGGAUCACAGCAGCUCAGCAAGUAUGGGCUCCUCCACAUAUCAUCCACUCUUCAGAAAACCAUCUAAGAGACAGGGCUUCUUACAGUUGCAAAGAAGUCGUGAAAUAGAGCAAAUAAGUUGGCAGAGUUUUAAAUGGCAAAAUCAGAUGACACAUGCUCUUGUAUCCCGACUUGGAAUCACUAAGGAGUUGAAAGGUCAUAGAGGAUGUGUGAAUUGUAUUGAGUUUAACACAGAAGGAAGUUUGCUGCUAUCAGGUUCAGAUGACUAUAAUAUCAUAUUGUGGGAUGUCUACAAGCAAAAGCGUCUCAAAAUAUUAUCAACCGGACAUAGAGGCAACAUUUUUUCCGUUAAAUUUCAGCCUCAAAGUGGAGACAGAGUGGCUAUAUCAGGAGCUGGGGAUGGUCAUAUAGAAGUAAGGGAACUGGAGACAGAAGAUGUUACUCACAUAUGCACGUGUCAUGAAAAGAGAGUGAAAAGGAUUGCCACAGUUCCAACUCAGCCAAACAAUUUUUAUUCUGCAUCUGAAGAUGGCACUGUGAUGUUGUAUGACAUGCGGGCUCCACACACAUGCAAUUCUCAAGCCAGCAACUUCCUCAUAGAUCUACGGCAGCAUGCAGGAAGUACAGUAGAGUGCCGCUGCAUUACUAUUCACCCAUCUCGUCCAGAAUUGAUUGCCAUAGGAGUUAAUGAUCCAUUUAUCAGGAUAUAUGACAGAAGAAUGAUUAAAGUCAAUAGUGUACAGUAUUUUUCUGGAGGAUCAGGUCAUCUGGAGAGAAAUAAUUACAGUGUCAGCCACACUACUGGUUCCUCAGAUAAUCUCCCACCAGGUUGUGUUCAGUAUCUAGUGCCAGGGCACUUGCCGGAUAGGCUGCGAGAAUUCCACCGCCAAGGAAGGAGUCUCUCAACCACAUACCUGACAUACAGUGCAGAUGGCACACAGCUCUUGGCUAACCUUGGAGGAGAACAUAUCUACCUCUUCCACAUGGCAAACCCCCAAUACCCCAGACACUAUGCAGCCCCAAGUGCCACAAAGCUACACUCUAAAGAGUGUGAUGCAGUGUCCAAUGGUAUGUGUAAAUCAGUAAGUGCCAAUACAAAUGGCAUAUCUAGUCACCUUACUGAAGGAGGAGACAGAAUGUCAGUGUAUUUCUACCCACCAGUGCCUCCUCUGACUCCAAGAGCAGAAUCUCUCAAGGCCAGAGCUAAUCAAGCAUUUGCUGCUGAAAAAUAUAUUACGGGUUUACAAUUAUACAAUCAAGCUGCAGAAAUUAGUCCUAAUUCAGCUGUCCUCUACAGCAAUAGAGCUGCAGCACUUAUGAAAAGAAAAUGGGAUGGUGAUAUCUAUGCUGCAUUGAGGGACUGCUUCACUGCACUUGAUAUUGACCCACACCAUGUUAAAGCUCAUUUUAGGUUAGCUAGGUGUUUACACCAGCUGGGACGAGAAGAUGAGGCACAGGUCUGUCUAGAUGACUUCAUGAAGCAACAUCCAGACCACAUCUCCUCCCCAGCUUGCACCACUCUUGCCAAUGACAUAGCAAAAGCAAUCAUCAGCAAGCAAAGAGAAGGCCCAGAUAUCGAUGGUGAUAAUGAUAUUCCAUUUCCAACCCCAAGUGCACAAGAACAGAAAUGGCGUUCACAAGCAUCAGACUACCACAAGUAUUACUGUGGGCACUGCAACACGCUCACAGAUAUUAAGGAGGCUAUAUUCCUUGGCAGUGAUGGAAAAUUCAUUGCUGCUGGGUCUGAUGAUGGAAAUCUGUUUGUGUGGGACAGUCACACCACCAAUCUGAUACGUGUUUUGCCUGGUGACGAGUCAAUAGUGAACUGUGUCCAAGCCCAUCCCCACACCUGUCUGCUGGCAACAAGUGGAAUAGAAUCUGUUGUUAAGCUCUGGGCUCCCCUGCCACAGAAUGAUAAAACUAAAGAAGCACCUGUGGACAUGGAAGAGAUUGCCCAAGCAAACCAGCAGCGGAUGUGUAUCGAUCACAAUGAAGUGAUUUUCAUGCAACCACUCUCUCCCAGCUACAUUGAGUGGCUUAACCAUGAUAACCUGCCCUUGAACUGAUAAUACCAGAUGUGCUUCACACACUGAAGAAGAUAAUGCACCCAGCCCAGGGUGCCACUCAUGACCAGUGUCCAGUACAAGGUGGCCAGCCUUGUGCUUAAAGUCCUGUUAUGAAAAUUCCAGUGCAGAUCAACAGAAGAUGCCUUCUCUUGGCUAAAAAUUAUAUAUAUAUAUAUAUAUAUAUAUAUAUAUAUAUAUAUAUAUAUAUAUAUAUAUAUAUAUAUAUAUAUAUAUAUAUAUAUAUAUAUAUAUAUAUAAACUGUUAUCAAAACAGGAUACUUAAAUUUUACUGAAGAACAUUGUAUGAAGUAUUUUCAUUGAAGUUUGAUUUAUCAGUCAUGAAACAAAACACUGAGAUCAGGUCUCAGCUUUACAUUAUAAAUAAAUAUCCUACCAAAAAACUGGACUGUUUAUAAUUUAAAAUUUAUUAGAUGUAGAACUCAUAUAAAGGGUAUCAUUACAUACAUUUGUUUUGAUCUAAUCAAUCAGUUUGGAAUAUAAAUGACAAAUGUUAAUUAUUAUUUUCAACAAUUGCUUAUAAAAAAAGUUGUUUAAUAUUGCAUUUUAUCAUAUGAUUGACUACAAAAAACAGAUGCCUUAGGUUGAUUUGAGGAUCACUUUACAAGAUCAUGUAAACUAACUGCUGUAUUAAAGGACAUGAUUGAAAAAAAAACACACAGUAAUUAUUAAGAAAAUAAAGCAUAUCAUUGUGUUUGCUUCAGCUUGAAAUUAUUUUAGAUUGCUUUGAUGAUGACACAUGUAUUAAAAAAACAUUUUUUAUAUAGGAUUAAAGCAUUCAGAUUGUAAA